AUGUCUUCAAGUGCAAUUAAUGAAAAGCCGAUUAUGACGGAUCUGGAUGAAGCCAAUCCAGAUGUUGGGUUAUUCGAACCUAGUUCCAACUCAAGUAUAGUAGAAGAAAAGAGAAGAGUGUCGGAGUUGGAAAGUGUUCACUCUAAAAUAGCAGAACCUGGUCAAGGUGAAAAGGGAAAUAUUUUGUCGCAGUAUUCCGAGAAGCAGGUGAUGCAAAUGGGUAGAAACUAUGCUCUCAAGUACGAUAUGGAUCCCGAUUUAUUUGCUAGUGCUGCUGCUUUGGCCAGAACUCCAGAUGAAUUCAAUGCCAUGCCUUUCCUUUCGGAGGAACAAAAGGAAGCAUUGCACAAGGAAAGCACCAAGAAAUGGCAUAUUCCAAGCAAGUUAAUUCAGGUUAUCGCAUUAGGUUCCAUGGCUGCGGCUGUGCAAGGUAUGGAUGAAUCUGUUAUUAACGGUGCCGUUUUGUUCUACCCUAAUUAUAUGGGAGUCGGAAAAGGCGAAUAUAACCGUUUUGGAUAUGAUACGGAUUUGCUUGAGGGAUUAAUCAAUGGUGCGCCUUAUUUAUGUGCCUCUUGUCUUGCAUGUUGGAUGGCAGACUCUUGGAAUAGACGGUUGGGUCGUAAGUGGACUAUUUUCUGGACUUGUCUUAUUUCUGCUGUAACAUGUUUCUGGCAAGGGUUCACCAAUACAUGGUACCAUCUUUUUAUUGCCAGAUUCAUGUUAGGGUUUGGUAUUGGUAUUAAGUCAGCUACUGUGCCUGCGUACGCCGCUGAAUGUACACCUAAGCAAAUCAGAGGUGCUUUGGUUAUGUUGUGGCAGUUUUUUACAGCAUUUGGUAUUAUGCUUGGCUAUGUCGCUUGUUUGGCCUUCUACCAUGUUGGUGAUCAUGGUAUUGGAGGAGGUCUUAACUGGAGAUUGAUGUUAGGUUCCGCGUGUAUUCCUGCUAUUGUUGUUUUAUUCCAAAUUCCAUUUGUGCCUGAAUCUCCCCGUUGGUUGAUGGGUAAGGAUAGACAUAAGGAUUCUUACGAUUCCUUGUGCCAAUUGCGUCUUGACAAGAUCGCGGCUGCUAGAGAUACAUUUUAUCAAUAUGUCUUAUUACAAGAAGAAGCCUCUUAUCAAGGUAUUCCAACGUGGAAGCGUCUUGUAGAGAUGUUCACAAUUAGAAGAAAUAGGAAUGGUGCUCUCGGUGCGUGGAUUGUUAUGUUUAUGCAACAAUUCUGUGGUAUCAAUGCUAUUGUCUAUUAUAAUUCGACGAUUUUUAUCAGAGGAGGUUUUACCGAAGUUGCUGCUCUUACCGCAUCGUGGGGUUUCGGUAUGGUUAACUUCCUUUUCGCCAUUCCAACUUUCUAUACCAUUGAUACCUUCGGUAGACGUAAUUUGUUGUUGUUGACAUUCCCGUUAAUGUCUAUCUUCUUAUUAUGGACCGGGUUUGGUUUCUUAGCUUCUAACGACCAAACUAGAAUUGGUAUUGUGGCUAGUGGUGUUUACAUUUUCUCUGCCAUUUAUUCUGCCGGUGAAGGUCCAGUUCCAUUCACUUAUUCUGCUGAAGCUUUCCCAUUGUAUAUUCGUGAUCUUGGUAUGGGUUUUGCUACUGCCACAUGUUGGUUUUUCAAUUUUAUUUUAGCUUUGACUUGGCCUAAACUUGUGAGCUCUUUUACCUCCACUGGUGCAUUUGGCUGGUAUGCUGCAUGGAAUAUAGUAGGGUUCUUUUUGGUAUUAUGGUUCUUGCCUGAAACUAAGGGUUUGACCUUGGAAGAAUUAGAUGAGGUCUUCUCCGUCAGUACCAGAAAACAUGCUAAAUGGCAGACAAAGCAUUUCUUGAACGGCAUCCAAAGAGUUGUAUUGCGUCGUCAUAUCGACCCAUUACCUCCAUUAUAUGAGCACCAAAAGAGAUUGGCUGUUACCAAUCCUGAUUGGAACAAUAAAACCGAAACUGCUCAUAUUGAGUAG